CAUUCAAGACCAGAGUGUGAGGGGAUCCAACUAUUGUAAGUUUCUCUGUGUGUUGUCUACAGAGAGGGAGAGAGACAGAGAGAAAGAGAGAGCAGUGGCAGCAGCAGCCUUUCCUUCAACUCAAGUUAUUUGCUCCAGCUUGAAUUCAGAGGUGUUCUUUAAACUUAUGAAAACAUUUCUAUCCACAGCUGCCUUUCAGCUCAGCAGAGGUAAUCUUGCUACUCCGACUCUACUGUCUUGUCCUCCCACCGUUGCUGCCUGAUCUGCUUUUCCCGUGGAACUUAACAGGAUCAGAAGAAAGUUGCCGAGCGUUCAUCGAGUGGUGGAGCCGUCAGUCAUCAUGGCCUUGUCCCAGGAGCGGAGAGCGUGUCUGGGGCUCUGGGUUCUCCUUUUGCUUGGUGCAGGCAUGGAGGAAGUUGUGGAGGGAUGUAGCUGCCACCCAGCACACCCACAGCAGCUAUUCUGCAGCGCUGAGAUUGUGAUAAGAGCAAAGAUCUCCGGAGAGAAGAUUGUGUCGCCUAGCAACAGCUCCUCACCUUACAUGAAGAUGAUCCAAUAUGAAAUCAAAAUGAUCAAGAUGUUCAAAGGGUUUGACAAGGCCAAGGACAUCCAGUACGUGUACACUCCAGUCUUCUCCUCACUGUGUGGAGUCAAACUGGACUCCAACAAUAAAGCCGGGUAUUUGCUCUCAGGAAGUAUGUGGAGUGACGGGAGAAUCUCUAUUGGCCAAUGCGACCUAGUGGAGUCCUGGGACAACCUAUCUGUGUCACAGAAGAAGAAUCUCAACUACAGAUACCAGAUGGGCUGUGAAUGCAGAAUCAACACCUGUUACACAGUGCCGUGUGCGUCAACAGGAGAAAACGAGUGCUUGUGGACUGACUGGCUGCUGGAUAACAGCUUAAAUGGGGAGCAGGCUCGGCAGUAUGCCUGUAUCCGCCGCUCUGACACAACCUGUAGCUGGUACCGGGGUGGCCCCCCACCUGAGAAAGACUUCCUAGACAUGGCUGACCCUUGACCUGUAAUACUGAUAUUCAUUUGACUCCAUUUCACUCCUGCAAAGUCCCGAGAAACAUUUCCUGCUUUUGCUUAUGUAGCUGAAAUUUGGCACGCAAUAUAGCAACUGAUUUCAUUGAAAAAUUGGCUGAUUUUGUUUUUACUUGAGGGAGUUUAACCCAACUUCUGUAAGCAGCAUUCAGGGUUGCUACAGCAAUGCUAGGAAAAUUGUUGUAAACUGCAGGGGCUUUCAACAUUCCUCUGUCUCAUUUUCUCGCUCUCACACAUUCGACUUCGCGUUCAACUUUCCACAGAAUAAAAACAGCAGCAGAGCAUCCACUGAAAACUAGUCACCCAAUAGUGAAUAUUUUCUUUAAUUCUGAUGCCCUGAUGGUAAAUACAUAACCUUGACGAAUACUGAAGACCCCAUAUGUGUUCAUGCAUAACUUACAAAAGGUAAUGUAGUCAUUUAGGAUAUGCAUUUACUGAAAGGAUGAGGAGGAUGGACAUUUACUGUAAAACAAAAGGAGGAAAAUAGUAGUAAAAAGCUGCCACUUGCCACAAUCAUGUAAAUCAAAGUUUACUUUACACCCUAUAAACAAAUAUUCUGUGCACUAAAUCUUUGCAGAUAGACUGCAUCACUGCCAGCUUUCCCCCACACAUUCUGGUGUUACAUUUUUACCUUUAUAUAUUAACGAAUAACUCUCCAAUGCAAAUGAAAAUGCACUGUAUAUAUACACGUAUAUAGAGCAAAGCCAACAACAGAAAUUCCCCAAUUCAUUAUAUUUUGACAAAAUCUGACAUAUUAAUUAUAUAUGACUAUAAUUCUUGUACAUCUAAAUCAUCACAGUUUAUACUCUCAAAUUGCUGAGAAUGUAAAUAUUGUACUUGAGUGAGAAUUAACAUUUUAAAGUCUAACCCGAUCUUGUCUCAUAGCAUAGAAGUUGUUAUCUUGUGGUUUUGUGUUUAGUUUCCUUGGUUGUACUAUUUCCUGUGCCAAAAACAAAAUCUAAUCCAGCGCUUUAACAACAGCACUGCCACCUGUAGAAGCCAAGCCACCUCUCUUUAGAGGAAAUGAUGUAACAGGGCAAGGUUCAAUUCACUGUUUUUGAACUCCUUAAAAACAGGAAGUGGAUUCUCCUCAAUGUUCAAGUUCAAGAAAAGAUAGUAAAAGUAAAAACUUUGGCACAAGACGUUAAACAACAAAAGAGAAAUAACUGAUAUUCAUGAAUGAGCUAUAAUUAGUGAUUUAAUUGUUGUUUUAUAGGCAUUAUUUAAUAUAAUGACUCAACAUUUAUUAAAAGACCCAAAUCUGAAUUGACCCCUGUCUUGUUACUGGAUUACUUCACUGAAGUCAUACAAAUUAAAAUGCAUUAUCAUUUACCAUGUACAUGCAUGAGCCGCUAUUCAAAUGUCAUAUUAGCGUCACAUUUAACAAUAAAGUAUUUAAGUUUAACUUGCACAAUGCAGUGCAGUGUAAUUUGCCUAAUUUGUUUGAAACAUACUUUUUGAAAUAUGUAAGUAAAAUGAAAUUUAGAUUUACAUGAUAGGAUAAUAAUGCAUAAUAACUGUAUGGCUUUAGUGAAGCGUUAUCAAACAAUUUCAUGUUUGUUUUAUACUGAAAGAAUUGUUUGGGUUUGUAUUUAUGUCUCUGUUUCUGUCUUUAUAGAGUUUUCUAUUUCCAUGUACCAAAAAAGAUUGUAUAUAAAAUGUCUCAAUGGAA